AUGUCAGCUGCCGACGUGCCUGAAGGCCUCAAGACCAUCGCUCCAUACUUACAGCGUGCCGCGCAGCUGCAGGAGCGGGACCCAGUGGUUUCUUACUAUGCUAACUAUUACGCUGCCAAGCUCGCUAUUCCAAAAGCAGGCCAGGACAACAGCAACAGGGUGUUCGUUGUGAAGCUUUUGGAUACACUUGAGAAGCAACGGAAGGAUAUCGGCGAUAACGAGGCCAUCUCAAAUGAUCUGGUUGGAUACGCCCACAUUGAAAAUUUUGCAUUAAAGAUUUUCAGCAAGGCUGACGAUGAAGACCGCGCUGGUCAGGGAUCGCAGAAAACAGCCAAGAACUUUGUGGCAGCGGCCAACUUCUUGGAGCUUCUCAAAGUCUUUGGCGACAUUGAUGCCGAAGUUGAGGAAAAGAUCAAGUAUUCAAAAUGGAGGGCUGCGGAGAUUGUCAAGGCCAUUAGGGACGGUCGCCAACCCACUCCUCCUCCAGGGGCCAACAAGCCUCAGGAACCAACCCUGACAUCUGCAGAUGUAGCUCAAGCAGGAUUAGAUUCAUUGGAUAACGAGGCUGCUGCAACGGGAGUGGACAGUAAUAUUAGCAGCGGGACAUUUUCGCCCGCCCAUAUUGCUCACUCGAACCCCUCCGUCACCCCUCAACCGACCGUCAGCAGUGGACCAGGCUUUCCAACGAUCUCCAACUUUCCUUCACCACCUCUCGGACCAUCGAGCACGAAUGGUAACUCAUUUAAUGACUCGAUUAGCAACAGUUGGAGUCAGCCUGCUGUCAGUCCCAGCUUGAAUCAAGGCCAGAACUUCCAGAGCCCAGCAGGCGCACCUAUUAUCCCCGUUCAGCCUCCUUCGACAUAUAUCCCACCUGCCGUCUCGUCACAGAAACCCAAUUCAGGUUACGCACCAACCCCAUUGAAUCCCGCCUCCCCUGGACCUAACGCACAGUACGGAUAUGGCGCCAGUAAUAUCAACAACAAUAUUCCUUAUCAGCACUCUGUGGAACCAUCGCCGGCUCCUGCACCUGCCCCUACACCUAUGCAGACACCUUAUCCACAAGCUGGAUUCAGCUCACCUUCUGCCCCAUAUCAGCAGCCUCAACAGACGCCAUCACCGCAGUCGUACGCCCCUGUGCCCAUGGUUCUGGACCCAACAGUUAGCGCACAGGUGCAGAAGCACUGCAAGUGGACCGUGUCUGCAUUGACAUACGAUGACGUCCCAACUGCCAUCGACAAUCUUGAAAAAGCGUUGGCACUCCUCAGACCCUACCAUAACAAACAAUAA